AUGGCAGCAAAUCAGCAAAGUGAUACUGAAAGAACAAUAAAUUCUACAGAAGAUUUUGAAAACUUUAAUCUCUUAUUUCAGUACCGGCAUGGAUGUCUCAUCUCUCAGAUUGUGUCUACGGCCUGUGAGUUGGGAAUAUUUGAUCUGCUGCUGAAGUCAGAAGGACUCCUGACUUCAGCUACUAUUGCUGAACGUCUGGGCACCAGCACCACUGGAAUGGAGAGGCUGUUGGAGGCCUGUGUGGGUCUAAAGCUAUUAAAAAUGGAGAGGAAAGACAACAUAGCUCUUUAUGGAAACAUGGAUAUUUCCAAUCUCUAUCUUGCUGAAUCGAGUCCAAAGUCUCAGUAUUAUUACAUGAAGUUCUUCUUUGAUGUCGUCGGUCCAAAUUUGCGAAACUUGACAGAUGUUGUGAGGGAAGGAAAAAAACAGACUUUGAAAACAUUUGGCAGUCAAGGAGAAGAGUUUUUUGACGCUCUUUAUAGAUCAGAGGAGAAAAAGAGGACGUGCUUGAACAGCAUGGAUUCCACAUGGCACCUGUGCGGUACAGAUGUGAUUACUGCAUUUGAUCUUUCUCCUUUCUCAGUCAUCUGUGAUCUAGGGGGAGCUGGUGGUGCCUUGGCUAGGACAUGCAUUUCAUCCUAUCCUAAUUGCACUGUGACAAUUUUAGACCUCCCUGAAGCAGUGGAAUCAGCAAAGAAGCAUUUUGUAUGUUCCGAAGAACACCGGAUUACUUUCCAUGAGGGGGAUUUUUUUAAAGAUCCAAUUCCUGAAGCUGACCUGUAUAUUUUGGCUCGGGUCCUGCAUUUCUUGGAUGAUGAAAAGUGUGUGCAGUUGCUAACCAAACUGCACAAGGUCUGCAAACCUGGUGGUGGAGUGUUAGUGGUGGAAAUAAUCCUCAAUGAGGACAGAAGCGGGCCUUUAUUAGGCCACCUACAAUCCAUUGUGAUGCUGCUUCAUAAUGAAGGAAAAGAACGGACUGCAUCAGAAUACAAAGUGCUCUUCAGUGCAGCUGGCUUCAAGGAGAUUCAAGUAAAGAAAGGGUGGCUGUAUGAUGCUAUUCUAGGAAGAAAAUAA